CUAUGUGGCGGCAUUGCGGCGCUCGACACACAGCCCGUUUGCAUCGAGGCUGACCUUGUAUGGUCCGCCGCUGAGGAGGCUGAGGCCCGCCUGCUGAGCCAUGAAACGCUGCUGGAAGUCGGUGCGCAGGUUGCCGCUCAACAACUCCACAUAUGUCUUCUUGUGGCCCUGUCCGUCAGCCAAGAGGACGAACGACAUGUCCACAUCGCCGGACAGCUGUGUCUGUAUGGUGUAUUGUGUUGCGUUACCUUGAGCUCGUCAUUGAAUGAGGUGAUCGUGGCAAUCACGUUACUGUAAAAGGUCUCAAACUGGUCAUCAUCUACAAAGCCUACUGUGAAUGAACACACACAGACGCCAUGGCUGCUGGUUCUCCCCUGCGCCCUCAUCCCCUUACCGGACACGGUCAUCGUCACUUCCUCGACCGGCGGCAGCUUGUCAUUGCUGUCCCGCCCCCACAGACAGGGGCUGCUUUUGCUGUGCACGGGUGCUGUGAGUUCGUUUGCCACUAGGUCGAGGCACAGCGUCAGGCUCCUCUCCCGCCCCCGGCUGACCAGCGCCGCCUGCAGCCGCUCGAGGAACACCCACACCUCUCCAGCAGGUCCAAGGAGCUCCACGCCGUGCUCCUUGUCUCCUGCCUUGACGCACGACAGGCUGGGCGUGUUGGAGGCGAUCUCGACCGUCCGCUUCUUCUUGGCCUCAUCGUCGAGGGCAUCGCCGAUCAGCAGCAGGGUGUGGGCGGCGGGGAAUGUGUCGUCGGUGAUGGUUGCACGGACGGCCUCGUCCUCUCCGCCGGACACCACGGUGAGGGCUCUCUUGGCGAACUGGUUGAUGAUCUGCUGGACGGCGGCGGGGCCGGUGCUGCUGCGCGAGAGGAGCUCCGCGUCAAUCGUUCCACACGUGCUGUCGUUGUUGAGUGCGAAGACGCCCUUCUCCACUGCCUCGUGACGAGCAAUGGCGUCGCUGAUCGAAGGCAAAGCACAGGAAUGACUGGCACUGUCGCUCUUCAGCCCCUCUCCCUCCCCCCUUCCUCUCUCUCUCUCUCUCUCUCUCUGCGUCCUUACAUGAGCUGUGCGACCCUCUGCGAGCACUCCACACUUGCAUCAGUGCUCGGCAUCCACCCCAUUUCGAUCUCGAGCUCGCGAAUGGACUGCCUGACGCCCCUCGCCACCUUCACCUCACGCAGCCUGUCGAUGUCGGCGGGCCGGUUCCAAUACAUCCCGACGCCUCGAAGUGUGCGAAGCGCCGCCAACGACUUGCCGUCAGUGGGAGCCCCACUAAGCACACGGGCCGCGUGAUCGGCGUACCGUCCGUUGAGGUCCAGCACCUCGAUGGCCUCACAGUCCCUCACCCAUGCCCUUCCGCCCUUCACCCAGCUAGCCAACCAACUGUCCCUGGUGAUGAGCGUCUUGACGGCAGGUGUGUGCCACUGGCGGUCCACACGAGCAGUCAGGCACUCGUCGUCUCUGCUGCGGAUCGUCUUGAGUGCCGGCAGGUGGACGGGGGCGGUGGGGGCGCGGGGCAGGGCAGACGAGGGGGGCGGGUAGGUCAUGUAAAUGUUGUCGUCGAGCCCGACCUCCUCGAAUGACUCGACCUCCUCGAAUGACAGCAUCUCCAAUGUGCCUUUGUCAGCCGACCGGUCUCCGUCAUCGUCCUGCCGUGGCGCGGCAGCAAUCCCCUCCCCUGCAUCUCUCUCUCGUCUCUUCUUCUCUGCGAUGGCCGCCCGGCCACGCCCGUGACCCUCGACCAAGGCCACCCAGGUGCCGCGACACCAGCCCCCCCAAAGCCCCUUCCACCGCGUGGGAUAGCGGUGCUUGAUCUCUCGGAUGCUGGUCGCCCUCUUGCCCCACUUGUGGGCCACGGCCAGCGUCAUGGCCUCCCACAUCCGCCUCUUCGUGUCGUCCUCACAGUCGAUGACCAGGUGGGUGUAGUUGGCGGCGGAUUCGUGGAAGAUGGGCGUGCCGAGGCGGCGCCAGAGGGGCGUCAGCUCCCAUGGAUGCAGGUGGCCGAACACGUUGGCCAGCUCGUCGCGGGACAGCCGACGACGGGCCUGAAGUGACAACAAACAUGACAU